AUGCUCGGUGCGUCGAGCAGUGAGGAGGACGAAGAUGACCGAUUUGCGAAUGACAACGAUGACGCGUCUGAGAUUUUAUCAAUACCACGAAGACGUCUACCCGCCUCAAUUUCGCCUCGUUCCAAUUCACCAGCCCCGUCCGAUUCAAUCUCACAGGCGAACUCGUUGAUUCGUGGUGAUUCAACACGAGCACGCAGAAAUGAUUCGAUCACUUCCGGUGCGCCCACAUUUCGAUCGAGUAGUAGUAAGCAGUUACAUAUGCCGCAAGUUGUGGGCCGUCCUGUUUUCGCUCAACUAUCACAAGAGAUCUCGGAUGAGGAGGAUGAAUAUACAUCGAACGAUCAGAGUACCCCUGCACAUAUGGCCACCGAUUCAGCACCGAAAUUCAGCAAAGAGGAAGAGGAACGAAUGAAAGCCGAAAUGGAAGAAGAAGAGCGUAAAAGGAAGCUGCAAUUGUACGUAUUUGUUGCAAAAUGUAUCGCAUAUCACUUCAAUGCGAAACAGCCAACUGAUAUGGCUAGACGACAGAUGAAGGUGAAUAAACAGGAACUUGCAAGGAUAAAAGACCGUUUCCAGUCAUUUCUGAAAGGGGAAACACAAAUCGCUGCAGACGAAGCGUUCACGAAAGCAAUCGAAUCUUAUUUCGAAGUUUUUCUGAAAUCUGAACGUGUUCAUAAAGUCGUACAAGCUGGAGGGUUCUCUCAAUACGAUUUUCGGGAGGUGUUUCGAUGUAAUGUCGAAAAACGAAUACGUUCAUUACCCGAAAUUGAUGGACUUUCAAAGGAGACCGUCUUGAAUAGUUGGAUGACAAAAUUCGAUACGAUCAUUCGUGGUGAUGAAGAGGCACUUCAAGCUAGGCAGGGCCGAGGACGAUUACGUGGCGUGAAUCAGUCGAAUGCAGAUCUAAUCCUCCUGAAAGAUCAACUCUACGAUAUGUUUCAACAGAUUCUUUCUGUCAAAAAAUUCGAGCAUCAAAUUAUCUUCAACGCUUUGCAGCUGGAUAAUCCUGAUGAACAAGCGGCUGCAAUAAGGCGCGAAGUUGCAACUCGAGAAGAGGCACUUCGAGACAUAUCCAGGAUGAAAAAAUUGAUGCCGAAGUUUGUUGUAAAAGAUAUGGAGACGUUGUUCAUCGAUGAGACACGGCAGUCAAUCAACCUGCUCAUUAGUAAUCUGGAAUCAGUGCCGGUCACUCCGAGAGGUCAAACUGUUGGCGGUCGUAAGAAGGAUUCAAAAAGCCGAAGCAGGAAAAAUACGAAUUGUGUUGUCACAAGAAAUCCGUUGCAUUUGUAUAUGGCAACGUAUUUGAUCAGCGAUUUUUAUAUGAAUGAUAUUAUAUAA